AUGGAGAACUUGGAUCCUUCCGACAGACAGGGCUUCAUUGUCUCUGAGAUUUUCAGGUCGGCUGCACUCGAUGAGAAACCUUUGAGUCUUGGGCUUCUUUUGAAGGCUUAUGAUGUGGUCAUUAAAAAGCAUGGGAUCAAUGCCACGGACUUCCUGGGUCUUCAGAUCUAUCGCUCUUUGCUACAGUGGGGCCGACACGGCGCAGCGCUCGCUGCGAAAGAAAGGCACUCACCACGGCGUCAACCACGGCCACAUGCGGUGCCACAUGCGGUGCCAGACGUGGUGCCACACAGCGUGCCUUGCAGCGUGCCACACGCGGUGCCACAGAGUGAGCACCGCAAACAUGACCGUGGAGCCCAUCGAGCGCCUUUGGAACCUUUGGAACCUUUGGAACCUUUAAAGUGGCACCAAGAGGCAAGCAAAGACGACUUCAGCGAAGUAAAGGAAGAUUUGCCAGAGAGGCUAUCUUUACAAUCUGGGUCCAUCCUGGCUGAAGCUUUUGCAUAUCGGAAGAUACUUGCGAGGGCCUUGACGUGGUGGACGCACCAGUUGCGCGUUCCAAAAGUAGUGGAUCUACAUGAUUUGCAUCGGCGGCAGGCACUCAAGUUUUGGCACCACAGGACGACGUCACAAAAGCUGGCUGGUGCGCAUCGUGCGCGCUGGCUUCGAACUCGAUUGGAAGCUGUGUGGCAGGUUUGGCUCGCAUGGCAUCGCAAGAGAGGAGUUGUCAUUGCUAUGCGCAGUGGUCCCCAGAUGUUGGCAUCGUGGCGAUGGCUGCGUGUUCAUGCGGCAGCACAUCCCACAAGGCCGCGUUUGCACCUUUCGGGGGUUCAGCUGCGGGAUGGCGCACCAUGGCAGCAAGUGACCGCAGCAGAGAUCCUGUUUGGCUCUGCUCCCUUUCAAGUCCAUCCGCACCAUAUGAAGGUUAUGCAAGAAGACAUCCUGAUGAUCUUCGCAAGCACGCUCUUGAAAAAGAUGAUGGCUGCAUGGGUUCAUGAGGUGCAAAGCAUCCGCAUGCUUUUUGAGCAAGCAAAGCGGCGAGAGAAGCACAGAUCUAUGGAUGCUUGGAAGGGAGCAGCCACAAGAUGUCGACGUUUGCGUGAGCACCAGCUGCGUGUCUCGCAUCAGAGAUGUAACCAGACUCUGGCUCGCGCGAUACGACUCUGGGAACAGAGGUGGUCGAAGUGGGUUCAGCACCGGCGGAGUUUGCAAGAAUUUGAUGUUGCUUGCUGGCAUCGAAUCUGCCGGAGGGCCAUGGAUGCUUGGAUCAGGGUUGUGCAAUUGGAAGUGCAAAGCGUCCGCAUGCUUUUUGAGCAAGCAAAGCGGCGAGAGAAGCACAGAUCUAUGGAUGCUUGGAAGGGAGCAGCCACAAGAUGUCGAUGUUUGCGUGAGCACCAGCUGCGUGUCUCGCAUCAGAGAUGUAACCAGACUCUGGCUCGCGCGAUACGACUCUGGGAGCAGAGGUGGUCGAAGUGGGUUCGGCACCGGCGGAGUUUGCAAGAAUUUGAUGUUGCUUGCUGGCAUCGAAUCUGCCGGAGGGCCAUGGAUGCUUGGGUCAAGGUCCUACAAUUGGAAGCCAUUGCUGCAAAAGUGAGAAGUUCGUUGAAUUUGCGAUUGCAGCUGAUGGUGUUCCAGGUUUGGGUAGCACAGUGGCAUCAUGACCGCAAGGAAUCUGUAUUGUUACGCCUCUCCGCACUGUUCUUGCGGAAGCGAGGACUUAAAUGUGGUGUACGAGCUUUUCAGCGGAACGUGUGCUCCGAAACGCGCAAGAGAGCCCUUGCAGAGGCCCAGGAAAGGUUUCGAUUGGAAGCCGAACUGGACCGCCGAAAAGUGGCGAAGGUACCUUUUGCUAUUCGGUGUGCUUGCUGA